CUAUAUAAAUAACAAAUUUUUAAAGUUCUAUAUCUAAUAUAUCCACAAUAUUCAAUAUCACAAGUAUCAGAAGAAAGGAAGAAGCACGCACAAUUCCAAAAACAUAAGAUCCAGCUAGAAUACCAAAGCAACAGAACAGAAAAGCUUCAUAAUGUCAAACUUUACAAAUUCCCAAAAUUCCCGAGCAAUGAACACAAGUUGGCGAAAUAGAAGUUAUAGUCUUGGCAGCAAGCCGUGCAUUUCAUCGCGAGGAACCACUUCAUCGAACACAGUGAACAAUUCUAACACCAACCAACCAAAUCUACGUCAGAGAAGUGGUUCAGUAACUAACUCAUCUCACUCGAGUGGAAGUGAGAGUGGUGUUCAUAACUCCCGUCAACGGAAUCCACGACCCUACUUUACACCCAGACUUAGCUCUGAUUCCAGUAGCGAUGGUGGUUCCCUCUGGCCUAAAAAAGACAGACGACAUACUACAAGUUAUAGACAGCGCAAUGGGCAGAAAAUGGCCAACACUUGGUCACGUGACUCAAAUCAGUCAAACAGCGAGACCACCAGUAGCACUGAAAGUGGCGUUUUCUCAGGUGACAGCAGCUUUGGCAAUAUAAACCCAGUGAACUGUAUUAGUAGUAGGAACGAUCACAGGAAUCACCUCAAUUUUCCACAAAAUCGUAAUGGCAGGGGUUUCAGUAAAUACCCACCCGGAAUGCCGAUUCCAACUCCGGCUACUCACUUCGCCAGCAGCGAAAACUUUAAUGCGCCAGCGCCUUCAAGCUUACCACAACCGCCACAGAUUUGGCUGUUUGGCAGGGCGGAGGCUCAAGAUAAAGAAGAGGAUCUUGAGGAGGAGCGAGUGCAAGAAAAGAAUUUAAAUACCUUCGACUAUUAUAAUUUGAAGAUGUUGCUCACCGUAAAAGCAUAAUUGUAAUUUUUUAGAAUUAAUUAAAUUUUUAGUUGAGUAUAUAACCCAUGUAUAUAAUUAU